AUGGUGAUUCAGCUCAUUCAACAAGCAGCAAAGCGACAGGCUGAGCUUAGGUCAAAGCUCGAGGAGUACAGCGAGGAGGUUGGUGAGACCAAAAGAAUUGUCGAGUUGGUCCAGAACGAAGAUGCUCUACAAACAUCAGGUGCAGUCGCUAUGGUCCGACGUGUCGAGAACCUCGGCCAGGGGCUGAAGAGACAUCUGAUGUCGAUGGGACAACCUAAAAGUGCACUUCGACAAUUCGGCCAUCAGCUCAUAAGCGGUUCAGAGGACGAAGCACAGCUGGCAUCUUUCAUGGUCCGGCUUGGUCGAGCAAAGCAAGAUCUGAUCUUGCAAAUCCAAGUCGCAAAUGUCGGGCUGGCCAAGUCCAUCAACAAUACUCUCCUUGUCGAGAUGGCCACGGUCAACAAACUCCAUGCACUCCUCCAAGAAACCCUAGGUGAGGGGAAAGGGCUAAAGAUUGCCGAGUUCCUCAGGCAAAAAGGCGCUGUUUUGGAAGGCAGCGAGUCCAUCCAGCUAUCUGACGCAGAGUAUGAUAAAUUACAGACGGAGGAACGCGAAGCCCUUCAUCCAGAGCCAGUAGACGCGGCCCUGAAUGUGGGAGGGCGAAGGAUUAUUGUCGACAACUUAACGAGAGAUCAAGCACUUCAAAUUAAUGGGCCCGUUGCAGUUGAUAUAUGGAAGGACAUGGCUUUUAUCAAGAUUGAGGGAAACAUAGCGUCAGAUACCGCUAUUCAGACCAACUACCCCGUAAGCAUGGAUGUUUUCCGGGAGCUUUUAGCCGCAAGGGCUGCGGGGAUAGGCUCAAGGUAG